AUCCUUUUUACUAAAUAUAGUACAAUAUGUUUGACAGGAAUUCACGUGUUUUUUCGGCGAUCGUUGUGUCGUAAACUGUUUGACGCGAAAGUUCUGCAAAAAGUGUAGAAUCGAUAAAUGCAUGACAAUUGGUAUGAAAAGAGAGUCCAUAGUUUAUGGCGAAGAAGUGAACGGAAGAAGUCAUCGCCGAAAACGAAUGAAAAGCGACGAACAGAUCGUUUCGACAACACGUGACUUGAGUCCAGUCCUCAGACACAACCAUAAGAUGCAGGAUAUUGUAGACCAAAUCCCAUCCGUCAUAAGAGGUCUCAUCUUUGACUUAAACGAGUUAGAGUUAAGUCGUUUUAAGCAGUUAUUCAGAUCGACACAAAUGAUUAAAGACCCCAACGUUAAGAUCACAUCCUCGGCCAACACAUACGUCGACGUCUUCAAAGUUCUUCAGAACCGAAAUGAACGCAAGUGUCACCGAAUCGUACAGAUGUCCACAAAUAUGACUGAAUUC